CCAAUGCCCACUGUUGUUGUGUUCCUACUGUUAUAAUAAAUAUAUUUAUAUACAAAUUUUGGGACAAAUGUAUGUAAAUACAUAAAGCCCGACGCACCGAGAAACAGACACAAGCAAGUAAGCUACUCCCCACCCACCUAAAGCUUCCUGUAAAGCAAAACACAAUUACUUCGUCGUAAUGAUCGCGCUGAUUUUAUCUAUUGGGGUUCUAUCGGCAGCCGUGCAGGCCAUGGCAACUCGACAAACCAAUGACACUACUACGGCAGGAGUACCGUACAUUGAGGAUGCUGCAUUUAUGUGUGGCGGCUCGAACGAGGCACAAUGUGCGGAACUACAAUUUUGUGAGUGGAAAGCCUUCUUAGUCAAUCCUGAUUGCUUUGAGAACGAGGACUUGGUCGAGCGCAUAAACGAUAUCGCUUGCGCCGCUUUAACAGAAGCCAUAUGUUCUACUGAUGCAAGAUGCGAGUGGGAUGACGACGAAUGUCAGGGACAACAUGGAGCCAUAUCAGUCGUAAAGGAUGCCAACGGCACAAUAACGUUAGAUACCACUGGCAUCACCCUUCCUCCGACAGGUAGUAUAUAUGUAGAUGUAGAAAACUACUGCUUGUCAAUUCUGGACAAGACCACAUGUGACGCAAACCAAUAUUGUGAUUUUGACGACGAUGUACUUGGCGAUGAGGAAUGUGAGGAUGACGACAAUAGUGUAGAAGACGCCAAUCAACUUGUUUGUGCCUCUCUCACACCGGCAUUGUGUCUUGCCGAUCUGCGUUGUGAGCUUGACGACAAUGUGUGCGAAGGUGGUGAUUCCUUCGUCAUUGUUCCUAUGCCUGCCACAAACGCUUCUUCUCCAACAGCCGCUACAACCAGUGCAGCAGCGACUAGCACGGAUGCUCCAGUAACAACAACUUCAGCAACAGUUGCCCCAGGAACACCAUCAUUAGUGGUGCCUGAUGUUAUUUGUGAGUCGUACACAAACCAAACCGUCUGUAUUGAAAUUAUUUUCUGCGAGUGGGACGAUGGAAGAUGUGAAGCCGAUGAAGACACGGUGAAACUAAUUAAUGACGCCUCAUGCGUAGCCCUUACAACCGAGGAGACAUGUAAUACCAACACUGCUUGCGAUUGGGAAGACGCGGUUUGUGAAGGUAGCGAGGAUGCUAUCUCGGUGAUCACUAAUGCUGAUGGUUCCAUAAGCGCUGAAAUGACUGGAGUCACCGUGCCUGCUACCGGUACAUUCCAGAAUGCUGGAAAGUAUUGUGACAAUAAGUAUACGGAUGAGGUAGCCUGUGGUGCAGACAAGUACUGCAAAUGGGACAAUGGUGUUGGUGGAGACGAGUGCGAGGCUGAUGAGUCUCUCAUCGAGGCUGAGAAUACACCCAUUUGCGCUGCUUUCACAACUGCGGCGUUGUGUGCUGCAGAUAUGAGAUGCGAUUGGGAUGACAACACAUGUGAGGGAACUGACGAUAUGAUCAUAGCAUAGUGUAAAUGCAAUAAAAUAUAACCAAUAGGC